AAAAAAGAGAAAAGAAAAUAGAAAGAAAACACGACCUCAGCUCAUCUAUUAAUAUACCUAGCUAUCUCAGUUGAAAAUCAAACCAUUCUAUUCUAUCUUCCUAUCUUUGAAGCGAAGCUUAGUAUCCAUACAAAGUUAAGAGAAAGCGAAAGGAAAAGUAGAGAGAGAGAUAGAGAGCUUCUACGAGAGUGUCUUUAGUGAGUUAAAGCGAAAAACAACAAACAGGAGUUGCUUCAUCUUUGAUUCCCCUUUCUUCCUCUUCUUGCUUAUCUCAUCAGCGCCGUCGUCGUCAUGUGUAAUCAAACCACCACCGCUACCCUCCCAAACGUAUCAUCUACUUCAUCAACCGAUAAAUCAUCUCAAGCCCACCUUUAUUUCAAUGUUCUACCACUCUCCAACUCCAUAAAAGAUACUGAAAAGCAACAACUGCAACAACAUCAAGGAAAUGGAUAUGUAUACCCUUCAGUCUCAGAGAUCAGUGCAGAAGUUAAAUCACUUUUCAAUCUGGCUUUCCCCAUAGCUCUAACCGGUCUCAUUCUCUAUUCUCGCUCCAUCAUUUCCAUGUUCUUCCUUGGCCAUCUCGGAGAUAUCCAACUUGCUGCUGGCUCUUUAGCUAUAGCUUUUGCAAACAUCACGGGCUACUCGGUUCUUUCUGGACUUGCUUUAGGUAUGGAACCACUCUGUUCCCAAGCCUUUGGUUCUCAAAGACCUAAACUUUUAUCUUUAACCCUUCACAGCUACGUUAUUUUCCUCUUAUGCACUUCCAUAAUAAUAUCCUUUCUUUGGACAAACAUGUUCAACAUUUUGGUUUAUUUUCACCAAGAUCCUGAUAUCACCCACAUCGGCCAGAGAUACUUGCUUUUUUCCCUCCCCGACCUUUUCACCAACUCUUUCAUUCACCCAAUUCGCAUUUACCUUCGUGCUCAAGGUAUCACUUUCCCCCUUACUUUAGCAACCCUCAUCGCCACCGUCUUCCAUUUACCCAUCAACUUGUUACUCGUUUCCCGCUUCAACUUCGGUGUCGCCGGUGUUGCUGCCUCCGCUUCCAUCUCUAACCUGUUCGUUCUCAUCUGCUUGGUUGUUUACAUUUGGGCUUCGGGCCUCCACGAGCCCACAUGGGAGAAGCCGAGUUUGGAGUGUUUAACAGGCUGGAAGCAGCUGCUCAAGCUAGCCGCGCCGAGCUGCUUCUCGGUGUGUUUGGAGUGGUGGUGGUAUGAGAUUAUGAUCAUUUUGUGUGGGCUUUUGGGGAACCCAAAGGCACCGGUCGCUUCAAUGGGGAUAUUGAUCCAAACGACAUCGUUGAUAUACGUUUUCCCAUCUUCACUGGGUUUCGCGGUUUCGACCCGUGUUGGUAACGAACUAGGUGCGAACCGUCCUUACAAAGCGAGAUUAUCAGCUGUGGUGGCGGUGCUUGUAUCCGCCAUGAUGGGCCUAUCAGCUUCUACAUUUGCAUCGGGGAUGCGGGAUAAGUGGGCCCAUAUGUUUACCUCUGAUUCCGAGAUCCUACGACUCACAUCCAUCGCCCUUCCCAUCCUAGGGCUAUGCGAGCUUGGGAAUUGCCCGCAAACGGUAGGAUGUGGGGUCCUAAGAGGGAGUGCCCGUCCUUCCACCGCAGCCAAUGUGAACCUGGGUGCAUUCUAUCUGGUGGGUAUGCCAGUGGCAAUUGGGCUCGGAUUCUAUCUCGGAGUCGGGUUCCCUGGGCUUUGGUUAGGCCUAUUUUCGGCGCAAGUGUGUUGUGCUUUGCUAAUGUUGUUUGUGGUGGGAUCCACUGACUGGGACCUUCAAGCUAGGAGGGCCCAGAUGCUGACGUGUGUAGAUACCAGGCUGCCUGAUAAUUGUGAUGAUAAUAAUAAGGGCGACGAACAUCAGCCGUUGAUAUGCAUUAUGGUGACUUCGGCUGCUUAAAUAACCCAAGUUUAAUUAGUAAUAAUAUUAGAGUCUAAUAUGUAACCUUUUCUUCUUUUUUUCCUUUUUCACUUUCAUUUGUUUAUUUUGAGAAUUAUUUUAUAUAUAUUUUUGUGAGGAGGUGGAACAA